AUGUUCGCGGACCAGUCUAAGGCCCCGGUCAGGCUGCAAACUCAGCCCACGACCAACCCCAUAUACUCCGGCGUGGUCGACUGCGCGCGCAAGACCGUGCAGUGGGAGGGCCUUGGCGGCCUGUACAAGGGCGUCGCCUCCCCGCUGGCGGGCCAGAUGCUGUUCCGCGCGUCGCUCUUCGCCACCUUUGGCAGCAGCAAGCGGUGGCUGGCAACAGACACGGACGGCGGCGCGCGGGCGCUGACCACGGCGGACUUCUACAAGGCCGGCGCCAUCACGGGGUUUGUAGCGGCGUUCACAGAGGGGCCCAUCGACUUUUUCAAGAGCCAGAUCCAGGUCCAGAUCAUCCGCUCCAAGGUCAACCCUGAAUACAAGGCGCCCUACACCACGGUCUGGGAGUGCGUGCGCGCCGCAGUCCAGGAAAACGGUGUCAGGGGGCCCUUCCAGGGCCUGGGUGCGACCAUCCUGCGCAACACCCCCGCCAAUUCUGUCUACUUGGGCACCUUCGAGGUCCUCAAGCGCGCCGCCGCGCAGCGCCUAGACACGGCGCCUGAGAAGCUGCCGGCCUGGGUGGUGCUGUCGGCCGCCGGACUGGGGGGCGUGUGCUACUGGGGCGUCAUCUUCCCUGUGGACUGCGUGAAAUCCGCGAUGCAGACCGACAGCCUGGCCAAGGCGCAGAGGAGGUUCCCAGACAUGGUCACGACUGCCAAACUGCUGUGGCAGGAGGGGGGCGUGCGGCGGUUCUACAAGGGCUUCACGCCCUGCAUCAUCCGCGCCGCCCCCGCGAAUGCGGCCAUGCUGUACACCGUCGACCGCGUCACCACAGCGCUCACAAGCGCCAGUUGA